GGCACAGGACAGAUCCCUUAUGUAAGUCAGUGCUUUCAGGGCAGUGCUCAGACGAGGACGCGUGGAACGCGCGCCGGUGUUUCGCUCCCGAAAAUGCCGAACUGUACCGACGAGCGCGAUAGGGCCUACAUAUUUCGUGAAUUCAGCAAACUUGCGUGAGAAUCUUAGCAGUGAUUUUUUAGUGUAAAAAGUUGUGCUCAAAAAUAUAUUAGUUAACCAAAAUUUUCUUUACAAACUUGCUCAUCAGGAUUAAAUGGAUUCGUAUCGAAAACACGAUAUAUUUUUUGAGUUAAAUUUAGACCGAAUGCAUUAUGUCGGGCUUAAUCCUUGCACACGCUCGCCCUAAACUUCCCAAACGAUUUAUGUGUAAUGGAUGUCUGACAAAAUAAAAAUAGCAGAACGACACCCAGAAGGAGCUUAUAAUAUAUGACGAGCCAUUAAUUUUAACAGGCGAGAGUGUCACUUCGUUAUUUGUCAAGUAGUUGAUUAAGAACUUAAAUGAAUGUUGACAGUUCUAGUGAAGACAGGUAGGGUUAUUAAAAGAGAUAAGUUGUGACACAUGGUCUAGUGUAGACGGGCCGUAAUUUAAUCGUGUUCAAUUAUAUAAUUAACACUAAUGUUGACUAAUUAGGUGUUAAUCGAAUAAUUAGUAUAGAUGAAACAUAGUGAUAAUGAGAAAAAAAGAUAAGUGGUGUAAAAUAUAACAAUAAAGUUAAAGUGUACGGCAGUAAUAUAGUUGUAACAAAUAUAGAAGAUGGCUGGGGAUCUGAAAAGGAUAAAGUGGCAUUCAUACGUCCUGAAUGCGAUCCUGCUAUUUAUCUCGAUGAUUUAUGAAGCGGGCGGCCUCCGUACCACGGAACUCCACAUCCUGCCGCGAGUAGUGCAGCGAGGUAGAAACGUUACUAUGGCGUGCCUUUACCAGAUACACCCCAGCGAAAUAUAUUCCGUUAAGUGGUACCGAGGCACGCAGGAGUUCUACAGGUAUUCGCCGUUAGAAACGCCCACGACAAGGGUCAUUGGGCCUGUAACGGAAAUUAGGGUUGAUAGACUAAGCUCAAAUGAGACGCACGUAGUGUUAACGCGCGUCACAUCAAGCCUCAGCGGCAACUACAGCUGUGAGGUCAUACAGAACGCUCACAGUUACCCACAUUACACGGCCACAGCGAGACUUGACGUUGUCGGUAUCGGCGGUCUGCGCGCCAUAGAGCUGAGGAUAUCGCCGCCGGUGGUACAACGCGGGUCCGAUGUGACUCUGGCCUGCCUCUACGAGUUGACAGAUGCACCGCUGUACUCCGUCAAGUGGUACCGCGGCAGACAUGAGUUCUACCGAUACUCUCCCACUGAGACUCCCGCCACCAAGAUCUUUCCCUUUGCCGGGAUUAAUGUUGACCUGGCCAGAUCGAACCAGAGCCAAGUGGUGCUAACACGAGUCAGCUUCGGUUUGUCAGGCAACUUCAGCUGCGAGGUCACUGCCGACGCGCCUUCCUUCGCCACUUCCAUCGUGUCUAAUAACAUGGAGGUUGUUGUGUUGCCACCAUCGUCGCCAGUGAUCCACACAGGGCAGCACUACUACAUGCCGGGUGACAUCCUUCGCGGGAACUGCACGUCUGGUCCCAGUCGACCGCCCUCUAAGCUUACCUUCUACAUUAAUGAUAUACCUGUAACACCAGGCAUGUACCAGGAGCAACCGGCCCCGGAGGGCCUGUUCUGGUCGGAGUUGUACGUGCAAGUACAGCUGUGGCCCGCGCACUACGAGCGGGGCGCGCCGAUCCUCCGCUGCGAGGCCAAAGUAGCGGACCUGUAUAGAGACAACUCCGCUGUGGCAUUGUACUCGGCCAAUAGUGACCCUAAAAUUGAAAGAGUGACGUCACCGGGUUCCGGAGCCAAGCUGCGCGCGUGCCAAAUCCUUCUACUACUCCACAUUAUAGUGUGGGCUCUGUGGGCUAACAAUACAUAGGGAUAGUCAUAAAACUCGCGAAAGAGUGAUGUUUCACUGCGACAAGAAACAAGACUUCGAUAACAAAAGUUGUUAUAAAUGUGUGUCCAUUUAAAGCAUACAAGCUUUUGUCUAUGUCUUUGAGAACGGUUUAUAUUUUGUGUCAAUUACUUUUAUGUUGGACGUUCAUGUGAAAGUUAGUCUUCUGUCCCUCAGAAAUGUCUUUUUUUCUGAAUGUAAAGUACACUGUGCUUUUUUACUCUUGACCAUGUAUACGAGUUAUGUUAGAAAGUUGGUUUAAAUUAUGUUUACCUUAGUAUAACUAGUAUUACCCAAGCCUUUUGGGUAAAGUCCGAAUUUGGUAAAAAGGUUUUACCUAUAUUAUGGGUAAAUGUUUAAUUCAAUUUACGAGUUGAUUAAAUUUUUGGACUAUAAAGGCUUGAGUAAUUACAUUGAGUAAAUACAGUAAACUCAGGUAAACUAAAGUUAUUUCUAUCCUUUUAACUUAACUAUUGACUUCUAGAAUAAUACAUAGAUACGUAUACAAAGUUACAUGAUUAACAGGCAAGAAGUUCUGGCGGGAAAGGCAACACAACAACAAACUAAGAGCGGGAGCACACGAGCGGUGCGGCGCCGCAACGUUGCUAUGUCACGGCGGCGCUGUAUUAGACAGUCUGUUAAUAAAGUAAUGUUGAGACGCAUAAACAACUGAGCGGUGCCUCUCCGACGUCGCAACUCAUUCACCCCUCCCCGCUUCUUCUCGGAGGUUGCAAGUCCGGUGCGGCGCCGGAGCGAAUCGUGUGACAUGCCACAGAUAUUUCUAUGUAAGAUGACGCAGAGAAACCGCUGCGGCGCCGCAACGCAUCGUGUAAAACCAGUCUAACAUGCCCAUUUAUAUUAGCUAGGAUUGACAAUAUAAUGAUUACGCUUAAAACGCAAACGAAAUGUAAUAUACUAUUCAUAUAACAUUUUUUUUAGUUUGUUUGUUUUAAGCUGCUUAAUGAAAUAAGAUGUUUUCAUAUAAUUUUUCUGUUUGUUUGCAAGUUUAUUAGAAUGAUGAUUUUUAUAUAAUAUGUUUUUAUAAAAAAGCAGACAAGACAAUUUAUUAGUUAGGCAUUUCUGAAAAUGUGUGUAUCUUUUGUUUUUGUAUCAAUGUAAUUUUAACUGAAAAUUAAAAAUUACACCAACCAAUCGCAUCCAUUUGUAAUUAAAAUCCGAUUGGUGGAUUCUAAAGGCGAUGUGUUCUUUUUUCAAAUGACGCAGUGAAAUAUUGUUCUAUUUAUAAAAUAGAUACGCCAUAGAUGUAUAUUAAAUCUGGUCAGAUGAUAAGAAGAAAAUUAUAAAUAGUUAAUUGUACCUAAAUGAGCUAAAUAAUAUUAAUACCAAAGAUUGUAAAGACUAAGAAUAUUGUUGAUUUAAUACAAAUUAUAUGUGAAAAA